AUGCAAAGGGAACCGAUUCACAGACGAAACGAGGAGUUGGAAGGAGACUCGAAGGAGGACAGAAACGAGGUAUGUGCAGUGAACAGUAACCAUGCAUGUGCAGUGAACAGUAACCAUGCAUGUGCAAUGAACAGCAACCAUUUAAAGAGUCAAUCCUCCGACACCGAUGCGUUAGACGACGUGCACUCAAACUUCGCAGGAUCCUUUACCAUCAAACACUUGCCAGAAGUACCAAAUGACGUAGCCAUGGUUUGCAGCAGCGACGAUGGGUCGGACGUGUGCGCAGAGGGGAGAGUGGAACGAGGGGAGAAAAGCCAUGCUGUGCUUGUGAUGGACCCAAAUGAGGAGGUCCUUAAUGAUGGCUGCUACUGUGAUGGGAGUGACGACUUUGCUAGCUGUGUCCAGGAAGAAAAAAAAAAAAAAAAAAGUGACAGUCAUACGGAUGAAGUAUUAUCGUCGACACGUGGUGGUAGGCUGUACCUCUCCGAUGGGAGAGGCGAUGCUCUUUCGAUCUCGUGCAACGGGGUUGAAGCGAAAUGGGUGGGUCUCGUGACGGACUCGAGUAGGCACUUCGGGGAGAGCGGACGGCUGUCCCGCUCGGACAACUACUUCCGCGGUGUGACCUCGGAGGGACAGCGUGCAGGGGGGGAUGCAGAUGGAGAUGGUGAUGCAGAUGGCGAUGGUGAUGCAGAUGGCGAUGGUGAUGCAGAUGGAGAUGGAGAUGACGAUGGCGAUGGAGAUGAAAUUAUGGGUGAUGACCCCCUCGCUGACGCUACUGCCUGCGUACGAACAGAGGAGACAAAGCGAAAGGAACUCCCAAACGACUACGCACUACAGAGACCCCGUUUCAGCGACCCCCUUUACAGCCAUAAGAGCGAAGCGUCAAUAAUGCACAUAGAUAGCUUGGAGGAUACACCAAGCCCGUUUGAAAGGAUGGGAGUGCAGAAGGGAGGAGAGUCUGAUGAGAGUCCCUACAUCGAUUACAUCAUUCAAGCUAAGUGCACAAUGGAAGAGGGGGAGGACUUCCCACAGGGGGUAUGCGCCCAGCUGGGGGGAAGAACCGACAGGGGUGGAAACACCGACAGGGGUAGUAUCACCAACGGGGGUAGCAUCACCAACGGGGGGUACCAACUUAGGGAGAACAACAAUAACGGUAACAUAAUGGACGAUCCAAUUUUCUCCCAUUCGUUUGACAAGUAUGAUCAUUUCUCAGGAGACGACGGAUGUAAUGGAGAGCUCAUUCGGUUGGACACUCAAAGAGGAAGAACGUACGCAGGUGGUAACUUGACUUAUAUGUUCAACUCCUUUGUGGAUUCAAAAGAGGAGGAAAUUCGGACUGUAGCAGACCCAUGUUCCUCCUUUGGUGCUGCUCACGUCAGAGGUACUAACGGUGCACUAGGGACAGAGUCUAGUGAGGAGGUCCCCCAAUGUAGAGCAGAAGGACAUCCAAGACAAGGCCAUUUUGCUGUUGAGUUGUUAUACUCCUCUUCGACGUUUAGGAGUAACACCACGGAGGGGAACAACGACGGUGGAGAAGCGGUUGGUGAAGCGGUUGGAGAAGCGGUUGGAGAAGCGGUUAGAGAAACCGUUAGUGAAGCGGUUGACGGAGCAGCUGAUGGUGAAUCGCUUGAUGGUGGACGUAGCGACCCACUUGGAAGGAACGACGUCAUCGCAAAAACGCAGGCACGUCAUUACUCACCUGAACAUGUUCAUGCGGAGAGGAAGAAAAAAAGCAGCUCCUUCAUCUCGGAACACGACACCAGAAGUAAACAAAAGGGGGUGUUUUCCAUUUUUAGAAGUCGCAGCGCCCACAUGGUGAAGGAGCCUAGGAGAGACUGUCCGAGUGACCCAAAGCGAGACUGUCCGAUUAAGUCCGAUGAGACCACCCCCAUAUGCAACAACGAGAUGAAUAGGAAGAAGAAUCGAUCGAGCGGAGUGGCAUUAUUUAAAGGCAUCAGUUUAUCUGAACAAAUGGCGAGAGAGGGGGAGGGAGCUACAACCAAGGGGGAGAAGCAUGAGGACGGUGCUACCUGUACAGGGGAGAGGACCUCCGCGUUGGGUAAGCUCCCCAAAGGAUGUGUCAUCGCUGGUGCAGCUCUCCCAAAUGAGAAUGGCGAGAAAAAAAAAAUUUUUAAGAGCAAACUGUUGGAGGGGUUGAAAAGGCUGAUGGGGAGGAACGACGCCGGGGGUAGCGGCAACGGUGGGGGUAGCGGCAAUGGUGAGGAUGGCGGCAAUGGUGAGGAUAGCGGCAACGGUGGGGGUAGCGGCAACGGUGGGGGUAGCGGCAAUGGUGAGAAUAGCAGCAACCGUGAGAAUAGCCGCAAUGGUGAUGAUCCCCGAGUGGACCCAAACCGUAAGGGUGGACAAAGCGGAGAGGUCCCUCUCAACGGAGCGCGCAGAAGGCUAAACAGCUACCACGAGGAGGCCAUAGCGAGCGAAAAUAUUUACAGAAACAGGAGAAGCGCUUCCGUGAGUGGAACAAGUACAUGGAAAGAAAAAAUCAGGAGAACAGUGAUAUGCGACCGAAAUGGAGACGACCCUAUCCCACAUAACAAAUGCACACUUAACGUAAAAAGAAGUCAUCAGAUGAGGAGCGAAUCGGUUGGAAAGAUACCCCUAGGGGGGUCAACAGGACAUGCGUGCGAGAAGGAAGAAGCUAAGAGGAGGGAUGAGUUCAUAAAGGGAUGUCUCCUCUCAUUUAGUCAGGACAGGAGUGAACAUAAAAGAAAUGGAGCCCUUAUCAGUCAUGCGGAUAAUCUAGCGGACGACCAUUUUGAAUUCCCUAUCGAGUUAAGAGAUGUCAUUAGCUCCACCCCCAGCUGGAAUGAUAACUCCUCCUCCGGGGGGUCCUUCGGUUAUACUAAAAUUGGUUCUUCUGCAAGAAGGGACAAGGGCGACGAAUCGACGUUUGAAGGGAUGGAUCGUGUGGGCAAGUGUGGUGAGGAGAGCGGGAAGGAGCAUAUGGGGGUGGAGAAUCCCUACGUGUGUAACGGGGAGGAAAAGGCAAUGGAAGACCCGCAUUACGGUGAGGAAGAUGCUCACUUACGAUGCGACGGCGAAGCGAAAAAUGAAAAAAAAAAAAAAAAAAAAAACCCCCAACCAGGGGAGGAAGACGUCAUUACCGCGGCAGAGAAUGUGGACAAGAAAAAUUGUGCAGAGUCCGAUGACUCUGCUGAUUCGAAGCAGCUCCUGCACUCGAAGCAGAGUGUGCAAGUGACGGUACUAACCCCAGAGACGGCAAGGGGAGGGAGCACAUACGCAGAAAUAUGGAGCGAAGAUUGCGCCGGUUUUAAGCCUCGCCAAAUGGAGGAACGCACCAGCGAUAAUGAGGCCCUAAGUGGGGUGAAUGCCAAGCUGGUCAGCGAAAAUGGGGCCCUAAGUGGGGAGAACGCAAAGCUGGUCAGCGAUAAUGAGACCCUACUUGGGGAGAACGCAAAGCUGAGCAGCGAAAAUGAGGUCCUGUGUGGGGAGAAUGCCAAGCUGAGCAGCGAAAUGGACGAACUGAAAAGGGAGGAGGAAAAACAUCGGAGGGAAAACGGGCAGCUCCAGGAGGAACUGGCCCUACUUCGCAAAGAUGCGGCGGAGGAGAGGGAGAACUACCUCAUAGAGAUGGACCAACUUCGCAAAGACGCGGAGGAGGAGAGGGAGAACUACCUCACAGAGUUGGCCCAACUUCGCAAAGACGUAGCCGAGGCGAAGGAGGCCCUCGAGUUGGAACUAAACUUAAGGCAAAACCUACAGACUCAGGAGGAAGAACUCCGGAAGAAAUGCGAGCGACUCGAAAACGACAAGGAAGCCCUAACGACAGAAAAAAUGAACAACGUACUUAAUAUUAAUAACUUAAAGGAACAGCUGAACAGGCAAAGUAAAUCCAUGAAGGAUUUAACGAAAGAGUUAAGAGAGAGAGAGGAAGAAAUAGUGGUCUGCAAGGGAGAGCUAACCACGAUGGAGAAAGCACUUAGCGGAAUGAAAGAGGAAGUAGAACAGCUGAAUACCCAAAUUGAAAUCCACAUGCAAAAUGGAAAUACGAAUGGGAGGAGAGUAACCAUGUUGGAGGAAGAGCUGCAGAUGUAUAGGGAGUUAACAGAACGGCUGCAGUGUGCAGGGGAGAGUCGCUCCGGGGAGAGUCACCAUACAGGUGGAGAAAAGCAAAAUGGUGAUAAGCCCGAUGAUGGAGAGGCAACUCAAAGGAUGAACCCCACAGAUGAAGUACCCCAACGAAACAACGAUGUUGCAAUCGACUCGUCAAACGAAAAUGCAGAUGAAAAAAUCCAACAGAGUAACACCUUAAUUCAAAUGCUAAAAGGACUAAAGGGGAGAUUAAUCCAAAAUGGAGACGACAGUGAGGCAGAGAAGAAAAUUUCCGUUGAGGAUCACCAACUCGUAUGCGACGAGAUAGACACACUGGGGAUUGACGAGCUGAAGGGGAGGUGCAAAAACUUGGCAUGGCAGUGUACGCAGUUGGUUAUGCAACUCGAAAUAUGCGCUAAUGGUUGUGUGGAAGUGCCGACCAAUUUGGGGAGUAACCUAAGGAGUGGAGAGCAUGAUGGAGAGGAGAUCAACAAACAAGGUGACUCUCCAAGGAGUGCUGGAAAAGGCGCAGUUCCUACGGCAACCUGUUCAUAUGAAGCGUCGGCCAAAGGGGUCGCAAAACAGUUGGUGAUAUACUCGGUGGAGGAAUUUAAUUCCACUUAUAAAGAGAUCCUACGGAGGACGUCCGAAAUUGGUAAGCACGUAGAUGCAGUUAAGACGAAAAUUUGCAGCUUGCAGACGAAGAGUGGCUGCAGGGAGGAGAGUACAGACUAUUCCGACUGUCUCGUUUGGCUAAACUCCAUUUCUAUGGAGAUCCUUUUUAUUAAUAGGAGUGUCUCACUGAUCGAGGAGGUGGCGCAGGGGUCGGCCAGGGUGAACCCCCAGGGGGAUGACCAACCAGGUGGGCAGGCAGAUGGGAAGGCAGAUGGGCAGGCGGAUGGGAAGGCAUAUGGGCAGGCGGAUGCUCAGGGGGACGACCGACCGAGUGACCCCCUUAAUCCCCGCCGAGACGAUGCGCACAUCGCCGCUUCACCAAAGGAGCUACCCCUCUGUACGCAACUGACCAUCGAAAAGCUCCAAAAGGGAAGGAAUCACUCACAAGGAAUUGCAUUCAAAUUGGAGGAAGGGCUUCCCCCCCCCGAGAGGUACACUUUUGGCGAUGAAAAAUCGGAAGAUGCAAAUCACCUGACGUGUUCAGAAAAUUUUGUCACCUUUUUUGAAAUUUGUUUUUCAAGCGAUUUGUUUCUGAUCCUGUGUCAUGUGUGCAAGGGGAUCCUCGAGAUGAGCACGUGGGUGAGGAAAGGGGAGGAGGAGAACUGCCUUCGGGGGGUGCACGACUUGGUUAACUGCGUAGCUGAAAUGGAGAAUCUGUGCAGUGAAGGGGACGAUCAACGAGAGGAGCUGCAUGGCGACGGCAGAGAGGGUCCCCCCGGCAGAGGAGUCGGCAAUGAAUUCGCUAUUGGACCCGGCAGAGGGGUCAGCAAUGAAUUCGCUACUGGACCCGGCAGUGCCCCCUCCGGUAGACCUGACAGUGCCCCCGCCUGUGGACCCCCCAACGAGCUGUUCCACGUGUUGAGAAGGCACCUGCACAGAUUAGCCCACCUGAUGAAGAAGGACAACUGGGGGAAGCACGCACACGAAGUGAUGCAUGCACUGUGCACCCUCAGAAAUAUUGUGCGACUUAUUUUGUACACCUUUUUAAAAUUCCAUGGCCUUCACUCGUCAUUUGGUGGGACGCAUGUGACGGAUGGGAGGGAUGGACCCAAUGGGGAUCCGUUCCAUCUAGAUGAUGACCCACCUAAACGGUUCAGUACAACCCUGAUGGAAGGAGGGAGUCACUCGAAGGACACUCCACAUCGGUUGGUUAGUCCCCUUUGGGGAAUGGAGCCAUCCGGUAGAAGAAAUACCAAAGUGGGAUCCAAGUUAAGGAAAACUCACAGCAACGGGGAGGUACUCCCAAGUGAUACCGACGUGGAGGGGAUUUUGGCCGAUGUGAAUUUGGAUUACCUUGCCAAGCGGGUCGUAGAGCACAACUACAACGCGCACGUCGUUCCGUGUCUAAUUGCUCACUAUGCGGAUGAGGUCAUUCUGGAGAGGUCUCUCGCAGGAGGGGGCACCGGGAGCAGAAGCGGGAGCAGAAGCGGGAGUAGAAGCGGUAGCAGAAGCAGACGCGGCAGCAGGAGCAGACGCGACAGCAAGGACGAGUUUGCCACCCAGAUGAGCAACUACGCCAAGGGAAUCUGCAGAAGAAUGUCAGAACGCAUGAAGUGGAACGAGCUUAUCAUUAGUGGUGACUCCUUCGUAAGCUAUUUCGAUGAGGGUGCACUAAAGUCCAAGUUGCGAGGUAACCUCGUCAUGUAUAAAAAUAGAAAAAUAAACAUUGACACGGUGUACGAGUAUCUGGGGGUGCUUCUCCGUCGAAACGGUUCCAUUCGUGGAUGCGACAGCCUCUUCGGUGAGUACUUCAGAAGGCCACACUCGUCAGUUUUGAGGCAGUCACUCAGUUGUGAGGGAACUCCCCAUGUGAACAGUGCCUUAGAAAGUGCUUGCCUGUCCUACAGUGUGGUAUCACCCCGCAAUUUGCUCAGUUAUAACAGCGGGGUGCACACCAAAAGCGCAUCGUUCUCAGGGAAUGGGGAAAUACGAAUACACGGGAAGAAGGGUUCCUACUUUACAGACGCGUCCCCCCCCUUGAAGGAAUCUCCAAAUAUGCAGAAGCAAGACCAGCUCUGCGAUGACGAGGGAGGGUUAGAGUACCCAUUGAUACGUCUAGACAACGAAUGCGUGAGUGCUCUCUUUCACAUGUGGCAUGCCAUGGAAAAAAGAUUUUUUUUUAAGAUUGGCAAGAGGGGGGAAGGAACUGCGCAGGGAAACCCACCUCCUCGUGUGAAAGGAGAAGCAGCCCAAGAAGCGGCCCAAGAAGCGGCCCAAGAAGCGGCCAAAGAAGCGCCCCCAAGAAGCGGCCCAAGAAGCGGCCCAAGAAGCGGCCAAAGAAGCGGCCCAAGAAGCGGCCAAAGAAGCGGCCCAAGAAGCGGCCAAAGAAGCAGCCCAAGAAGCGGCCCAAGAAACAACCCAACACUGUCAUGCUAA